UUUUUCUUUUUUCUUUUCCCCCUUCUCCCAAACAAACUAACGUCGGCGUUAUCCCCUCUUCCCUAAUACCACCGUGGUUUUCUUCAGAUUGGGUCAAGCUUCUUUCACUCACCACUUUUAAAGUUUAAACCCGAAAACAUUUUUUGCCCCUUUUCUUUCUUUUUAAAAAGUUAUUUAUCUCAAUUCAAUUGAAAGUUCUGGUUUUAACCAUCAUCGUUACUAUUAUUAUUAUUAUUAUUAUUAUUAUUAUUAUGUAAUUUAUUUAAUUGAUUAGUUGAUUAAUAAUAAUAGUACUAAUGUUUUCUGUAAAUAAUGAUUUCCUUCUGGAUCGAGCUUCGUAAUGGCGAUUAGUGAAGCUUCCCAGCUGUGUGUGAGAUUUAUCUUCAGGAAUAGGAUGCAUCGUUUCUGGUUUCGGAUGUUCAUGUUUAAGGAAAGAUCUCUCUGGUGUUUACGGUUACAUCUCUGACGUUACUUUUGGCGUGCUUAACCGGCUUGGAUUCAAUUUUUUAAGUAAACCCGAGUCAAAUCACGGAACUUCUCUCAGGUGAGAACUGAGAAGAGCUUAAAAGGUUUUUGUUUCGGGGCGCUAUGGAUAUUUGUCCAGGCUGUGUGUGAAUAUAAAAUCUUGCCAAAUAUAUGUUAUUGUAGUUUUUUAUUUUUAUUUUUUACUUUCAUUAAUUAAUCUAGUGGUUUACAGUUGUGUUUGGGUUGGUUGGGUUUUGUGAGAACUAUACGCUCCGUUUGCUGCACUUUUGGAUGAGGACCAGUCAUAAUCGUUGCAAAUUAGGGCCUUUUGGAUGACAAGGGAAGUCCAGAUGAGUGUUGAUGGCGAUGAGGAAGAGCUGAAAGAACUGAGCCAGCGCUUACGUGAUGGGAAGAGGACGUUUCCCGAUGGGGUUGCCAGUGAAGGACAAGGUUUACACGAGGAUGAUGGAGCAAAAUGUAACGGAGUUGGUGAAGAUGUUAAGGUUGGAGGACAGGGAGGGACCGUGGAAUCCUCUUCCGUCCUGCAGCAUGUGCCACAGCAACAGCCUCAAGGGGCAGUGAUUUGUUGGGAGAGGUUUUUACAUAUAAGAUCUCUUAAGGUCUUGCUUGUGGAGUAUGAUGACUCGACGCGCCAUGUUGUUACUGCAUUGCUACGCAAUUGUAGCUAUGAAGUAUGGGAGUUCUACUAAACAGUUUCAUCAUGAAAAUGGCAUACACUGGCUGCCCCAAUUCAUUAUGUUUGAUCCUCCCAUCCCACCCCACCCUCGUUAUUGAAGCCGCAAAUGGAUUGCAAGCUUGGAAGAUUUUGGAGAAUUUAACCAAUCAUGUUGACCUUGUUUUAACUGAAGUAGCAAUGCCUGGCUUAUCCGGCAUUGGUCUCUUAUGCAAGAUUAUGAGCCACAAGACACGGAAAAACAUUCCAGUAAUUAUGAUGUCAUCUCGUGACUCUAUGGGUUUAGUCUUCAAGUGUUUGUCAAAGGGUGCUGUUGACUUCCUAGUCAAACCCGUAAGGAAGAAUGAGCUUAAAAACCUUUGGCAGCAUGUUUGGAGGAGAUGCCAUAGUUCCAGUGGCAGUGGCAGUGAAAGUGGCACACAAACCCAGAAGUCAGUAAAAUCAAAGAGUCUUGAGAAAUCUGAUAAUAAUUCUGGAAGCAACGAUGAAGAUGAUAAUGGAAGUAUAGGCCUGAAUAAUGGGGAUGGAAGUGACAAUGGCAGUGGCACUCAGAGCUCCUGGACCAAACAAGCUGUAGAAGUUGAUAGUCCCAAACCAGUUUCCCGCUGGGAUCAAAUAGCUGAGUGCCCUGAUAGCACAUGUGCUCAGGUUGUCCACUCCAAUGCUGAAAUAUGUGGAAUAAAGAUGGUUCCUCCAUCUACAAAGGAGGGUCAAGAACAAAAUGAACGUCUUAUCAAAGCUGCAGGUUCAAAACAUAGCAAUACAAUUGAUGUAGGGCCCUCAAAAUUCAAUGAUCAAAGUAAUAGAGGACAGCAGGAUAAUUGUGGGAAUCAAUCCAACAACCCUAGCUGCAAAGGUCCUUCACUGUCUGAUGCCAUCACUAGCACUUCUGGAUCUCAGAUGCAUACAGCAGAAUUUGAAGCCAAAGAUAGAAGACCCAUGUCCUUAGACAUUGAAAAUAAAUGCACUAUUGAUGCUAAGGACUUACCAUCUCUUGAGCUUAGUUUAAAGAGGCUUAGAGGAGUUAAAGAUGCUGGCAUUACAAUUCAGGAUGAACGGAAUGUUUUAAGACGUUCUGACCUUUCUGCCUUCUCAAGGUACAAUGCAGCCUCUAACACUAAGAAGUCGCCCACUAGAUAUGCUGGAAGCAAUUCUCCACAUGAUAAUAGCCUAGAAGUUACAAAGAGGGAUUCAUCUCGUGACAUUCAGUCACAUUCUAGUGGCAAUCCUCCUAAUCAAAAUUCAAAUGGUGCGAGCAAUAACAAUGAUAUGGGUUCUACUACUAAUAAUGCUUUUACAAAAUCUGCAGUCAUAAGUGAGCCAGCAGUGGCAUCAACAACAAAAUGUUUGUACCAAUCAUCUGCUUUCCAGCCUGUAAAGAGCAACCUUAAGUGUACCUCCCAAACAGUUGUUUUACAUAAUACUGAAGAUCCAACAGCAACAAUGCUGGUACCACCUAGGGUAGACACUCACAAGGAUUUGACAACUAAGGACUUCCAUCACCAUUAUGAAAACCAGAACAUCAUUGCUAACAACAUGAAGCACCAGCUUCAACCUGAUCAUGAUGCUGAAUCAUCAAAGAAAUUAGCUGCUGCUGCUGCUCCACAUUGUGGUUCUUCAAACGCAGUUGAAGUGCUAGUUGAAGGUAAUAUUGGAAAUUUUAGUCUCAACAGAAGUGCUUCAGGCAGCAACAAUGGGAGCAAUGGACAAAAUGGAAGCAGCACAGCAGUUGAUGCUGGAGGGACAAACAUAGAAAGCAGCAAUCCACUUGCUGGGAAUAGUGGAAGUGGUGAUGCUAGUGGGAGUGGAAGUGCCAACAAGGUAGAUCAAAAGAAGAGUUCUCAUAGGCAAGCAGCCUUAACUAAGUUUCGUCAGAAAAGGAAUCAGAGAAAUGAGAGAUCCUUUCAUAAAAAGGUUCGAUAUCAAAGCAGAAAGAAAUUAGCUGAACAGCGACCGCGAUUCCGUGGCCAAUUCAUACGGCAGUCGUCUAGUGAAACUGCAAGUGAUGCAACAGAAAAGUGACACGGAAUUUGCCAGUACGCUGUGUGAUGGGGAUAUGGUAGAGAAAGGGUCAAAGAGCCGUCAUGUAGAAAUUUGGGGAAUUGUUCGGUUUCUUGGGUGUAUUUGUUGUGUUAAUGUACAACGGACUGUUUAAUUUAUGCCAACUUGUUCAUUUGAAACCUGAAUCAAUUUAUGUUGUGGAGAAACAUUGUUAUUAUGCUUGGAAAAAUUCACAUUCAGCGACCGUAUAAUCUAAUGCGUUCUCAUUGAUAUUGUGCUGCA